AUGGAGUGGCCAACAAAGCAGCCAGAACAAUCGGCUUUGAAGUUCAACUUACCAUGUCGCCGAAUCAUUGUAGCGUUUAAUGCCCAACCUUUCAAUAGAGUUUUGCGGCGAUUAGUGGAGCACUUCAACCUGGCACCCCGGCGGCAUCGGCUGUACUUCUGCACCAUGUCCGCCAACAAGUUCAUCCGGAUGGCGGUGCCACUGCUGCUGGCCAACUGCAUUUAUGGCAGUCCCAGCUUCGAGGACCUGCGCUCCAGCCAGGACAUGGAGGCCAAGGAGAGCGAGGUGGACACCUCCGGAAUGCUGGAUCUGGAUCCGACGCAACCCAAGCAGAUGAACUUCCAGAAGCCUCCCAUCGGAUACAAGGACUACGAGUACUUCGUGGGUCCGCGUCGGAUGGGAGAUCUCUAUGCCGGUGACAACGAACUGGCCGCCACGUCAGCUCUCAAGAUUCACGGAGAAGGCAACUUGGGGUCGCUGAACCGGCCAGUGAGUGGAAUUGGCCACAAGCCGAUACCCUGGUACGGUGAUUACUCGGGAAAACUGCCGCUGUAUCCCUCCAGAUCCUACGAUCCGUAUAUCCGCCGAUACGACAGAUACGAUGAGCAGUACCAUCGGAACUAUCCGCAGUACUUCGAGGACAUGUACAUGCACCGCCAGCGCUUCGAUCCUUACGAUAGCUACAGUCCCAGGAUUCCGCAGUAUCCGGAUCCCUAUGUUAUGUAUCCCGACCGCUACUCGGACACACCAGCUGUUAGGGAGUACCCCAAGUAUCGCCGAGGAUAUGUUGAUGAACCCAUGGUACCGAUCGAUUCCUACGGCGCGAGCAAAUACGGAUCCUCGAAACCCGCCGACCUGACUUAUCCUCCGCGAAAUGAAAGGAUUGUUUACUACGCCCAUUUGCCAGAAAUCGUGCGAACUCCGUAUGAUAUUGCGAACCCAGAGGAGCGGAACUCAGCCCCUUACAAGCUGAAUAAGAAAAAAAUUAAAAACAUUCAGCGACCAUUAGCGAAUAACACAACAAGCUAUAAAAUGACAUUGUAGACGGUCAUCUAGAAAGUAAAACAUUUUUUUUUUAUCAUUAUUCGUACCCUCCACAUAUAGAGUUAAGUUCACCAAUUUCACAGUUUGGAGUACUCCAUUCCAUUAAGCUAAUCACAGCAUAUUAAUCAAAAAUUUAAAAAAAAUCAGAACAUUCGUAAAAUCAUAAAUUUGAAAAUCCAUUUCCCUAAUAUAAAACAUUUCUACUUAAUGGAACUUAAAUACAAAUUAAAUACUUUUUUUUCUAAAUUAAAUACUUAGAUAAUAAUCCCUAUUUUUUAACUAUCUUUUCGAAACGAAUACUCUACAAAUUGCUUCCAUUUUAAGCAAGGGAAUCUGGAGUGAUAAAUGCUUAAAUUAGGAGGUGCUAAAAGCCCAAAUGCAAAUAAAAAUC